AUGGGACCUUCCAAAGUGAUUCCUUAUUAUUUCAAAGCGGAGGAAUCGUUUGAUCACGAAGAAGUGACAAUUGCUACUCUGGUGACGCACAAUCGUUUCCAUGUACUCAGUCGAUUAGCAUCUCACUACAAAGGACCGGUAUCCGUAGCUAUUCAUGUCAAUGAUGACGAAUCCAAACAAACCAUCUUGACCGAUCUUCACCGACUCUACGACGAGAAUCCAGAUAUGCGACGCUACGUCGAUUUGCAUUUAGUAGUUGAUAAAUUUGAUCGUCAGUUCAAUAUGUGGCGUAACGUAGCCAAGUUCUUUGCUCGAAGUGACUACAUCAUGAUGCUUGAUGUCGAUUUCUACCUGUGCACAGAUUUCCGCCAAUCGUUAAAACAACAACCCGAAUUAAUGGACCGAUUACGAAGUGGACGUGCGGCUAUUGUGGUGCCUGCUUUCGAGUUCAUCCGGGAAGAAGAUGGCGAGGAUUGGCAUAAAUUCCCCAAGAACAAGAACGACUUGAUGGACAUUGUACAAACAGAUAAGAUCGACAUGUUCCAUCGAGGAUGGAAGCGAGGUCAUGGAUCUACCGAUUAUCAAAAGUGGUACAAGUCUAGUGAUCCGUACAAGGUGGUCGAUUACAACUACUCUUAUGAACCGUACGUCAUUUUCAAGAAAGAGGGAACCCCUUGGUGCGACGAGCGCUUCAUUGGUUACGGUGCCAAUAAGGCAGCGUGUUUGUACGAGAUUUACCUGGCGGGCAUUGACUAUUGGGUCCUUCCCAACGAUUUCUUGAUCCAUCAAACACAUCAUUAUCCCGAAGAGACUAGAGCAAAAGAGCGAAAAUACAACAAGAAACUUUACGAUUAUUAUCGGGAAGAAGCCUGUUUACGUUAUGCACGCAUCCUGAUUGCUUCGAACAAAUGGAAUACCCCGUAUGCUGACAAUGUCAAAUCAGAAUGUGCAAAGAUCAAGGGUUUCAAUGAUGUUAUUCGUAAAGUGGAGGCAAAACAGUAG